GCUCCUGUUUUCACAGAGCUGACCACCACGGCUGCGGGAUGGAGUUACCGACCCGCAGCAUAAAGACAAGCUGUGUGCUUCGCCAUCGUUGAUUCAAACAACCCGACCUCAGAAUAACAGGGCCCUUCCUCCAUGAUUUUUGCAGUGGAGGAUGGUGUACAGAGGGGACGAUGUCCAAAGCCAAACCAGAUGCCAAGCCUCAGCAUUUUUAACCUUUGCUGAUAGCUUUUCCUGACGUGAUUUUGCAAGAAUGACAUAAAAGGCAUAGGCUUAGACUGGCCCAGCUGGAGGGUAUUUCACUAAUCAGGAUUACUGAGUUAGCUGCACAACUGCUGCGAGUAAAACCCAGAACAGCUCUUAUUUCAGUCCAUGUUCCAAAUUUGGGAGGGCUCCGGGUUUUAAUUGGUGCAGUUAUCUGGCUAACUCAGUAAUCCUGCUUUGUGAAACAGGGCCCUGGUCAGGGUCUCGCAUCACCUUGAGCCGGUGAGUGUUUGGUCACAGUGUUUUGGGAUGCUUGUGCCCGCGGACAGAUCUACAAUCCGAGUGCUUUCUCAGGUGCUCUGCUCAGGAAUAUCUGGCUCUGCACGGAGAGCAAAUUUAAAGCUUGGUUCAAUGUCCAGGGAGUGCCAGAGGUUGAGGUCAGUGGGGUCAGAGGUGAAAUAUGCAAGCUGCUCAGUCCAGUUAUUUAUUCGCUGACGUAACCAGCACCGGAAAUGGGAGCGUGGCUACAAUGUUACCAGACCAGACAUGCAGUCCUCCAGUACACGCACAUCUGGCCAUUAUAACCAUACCUUUUUACAUGCUGUUACUGUAUUUAUUUUUUCUGUUCAUUAGCGGUUUUGUUUUUAUCAAUGUUUUAAUGAAAUGAAAUGUGAAGUGCUCCUGCACUGACAGACCAGUCUAUAUUGAAAAUGCCUUAAGUAUGCUUCUAGUACAGUGGUCUCCAACCCUGCUCCUGCAGAGAUACAGGGUCUGCUGGUUGUCAUAGUGAAUCUGCACUUCAUGAAGCAGUUGAGCAGUUGAUUACACAGUUAACUCAACUCACCUGGUGUCUUGGGUCUGAAUUGGGUGCUGAUUUUAAGGUGAAAACAAAAACCAGCAGACCCUGUAGCUCUCCAGGACCAGGGUUGGAGACUACUGUUCUAGUAUCAUGAAACUAGCUUUUCAAGAGAGAGAAGGUACUCAAGUCUGGCCCUCAAGGCCAGUACAGGUUUUAAUUCUUCCCCUCUUAUCAGGACUGAUUUAAACCUGAGAUACCAGGUGGGUAAAUCUCUCCAAAUCAGUGGCCUUAAUCAAUCAAUGAAUUAUCAGGUAUAAAAGAAAACCAGCUUUACUACUGGCCUUUAGAGCCAGAUUUGAGUAUCACUGAGGUAGAUCUGUCUACAGCAGGGGUACACUGCUCUAGUCCUUGGAGGGCUGGUGUGCCUGCAGGUUUUUAAUGUGUUCAGUGCUUAAUUUAAGUCACUGAUUGGUGAGAACAAUAAACAUUGUUCAGAAGUCCUAUGCUGAUAGAUUGGCUGCACUGAUUGAGAGGAAACCACAAAAACAUCAGCACUGUGGCCCUCCAUGAUUGAACGUAGAGGUGGACAAUCCAACUUCAGAAAAUAAGUCUUCCGUAGUAUUUUGCUCCAAUCACCUUGUUUUGCUAAUUCUUCAGCCAGGAGGUAAAACUAAUUAGUGAAAUCAGCUAGCUGACUUUAUUGGUAGAAGAAACACAAGACCAGACUUCUACUAUCUGACCCUUGGACUUUCCACCUCUGGACACCACUACACACUGAUACAGUAGGGGGCAGUAUUCAUUCAACCAGCUGAUGCACAACCUAUUAAUGAAUCUAGCGGCGGAGAAUUCCUCGCACUAACAUGAAGGAAAAACUGUGCUGACAGGACCAGGAUGAAGAGAUGAGAAGACCCUCCUAAUUUAGGAAGGAAGGAAAGCAAAUUUUGGUGACUCAUUUCAAGUACUCAGGCUGGCUGAUGAUUGGUGGAUCAGGCUAUGGGUGGAGUACCAACAAGAAGUCUGUUGAGCUGUGGAUUUAUUCAAGCUUGUUAUGGUCAUUAGUAAGGGAUUGCAGCAAAGAAAAAUGGUCUCUGAGCUUGGGUUCAGGGUUCUGCUCUGUUUAUAAUGGAAGUGGAGAACCCGAGUAAGGCCUUCCUACCCAGCCCACUCCCGACAGGACAGAUUCAGCUCUCGGGUUUGAGAAGUUCCAUGUCACAGAGAAGGUCGCCAGUGUCCGUUCAUUCAAAGUGGAGUCUCUGGUGUCCAGUUGUCCCCAGCCUCGUCUGGAACUCACGGUAGCGAGGAAGGCUGGAGAGAAGUCUGGAGGCUGGCGCAGUACCACAUGAUGAGAUCGAUGAAUCAAGAUGAGUCAAACCUCCCUUCUCAAAAAGUCCUCAGCCCACCGUCCGGGUUGGGCUACCCCCAUGAGGAUCACCAGUCCUGCAGCCGGUCCCCGUACAGGGAUCCCGUCUCAGAUGGCCUGCCGGGGUACGAGCAUCCGGACGCCUCCAGGGCCGGGGGCCCCGCCCUGAGCCCCCGGAUUGAGAUCACCCCGUCCCAUGAGCUGUACCACCACGGAAGGGACACCCCGCAGGCCCAGCCCGUCAACAUCGGCGUCUGGCCCUCCCUGACGGUCCCGGGACUGGAGGGCGUGGCCUACCGAGAGGCCCAGUGCCUGAGCCCCGCCAGCAGCAACUCCUCCACCAGCUGGCACUCGGAGAGCUACUCCCCCUGGGCGUCGCCCUGCGUGUCGCCCAGCGGGGGGGGCACCGCCACCGACCUCUGCCCGCGCUUCCAGAAUAUCCACACCUGCUCUCCCCAUACCUCCCCCGGCACCUCCCCCCGCACCAGCGUCACCGAGGAGACCUACCUGGGGGCGCGGUCGCCCUCCCCCCGCCCGGGGUCCCGCUCCACCUCGCCGCAGGGGAAGAGGACCUACGACAUGUACCAGAACCCCUCCCUGGCCCCCCGCGUCCGCUCCCGGAGCCCGUCCCCCCACGGCGGCCGCGACGACCAGCACCGCCCCCCCGCCCCCGCGCAGUACGGCCCCCCUGCUGGCCUGGCCGAGGCGGUCAACGGCCUCGGCGCCGGCCUGGGCGGGUCGGUCCCCACCAAGAUCGUCAAGUCCAACCUGGACUACCAGGCCUAUGGCGAGAGCCAGCCGGACAGCUUCCUGUUCUCCUGCGAGCAGGACGUGAAGGGCAAGACCGAGUCCUUCUAUGUCAUUCCACAAAUCUGGCCCAAUCAGCUGGUCCCCAGCCUCUGCAGCAUUCCGGUGGCUUCCUUGCCCUCCCUGGAGUGGCCCGUCCCCAGCCAGAACGACCAGUACGAGCUCCGCAUAGAGGUCCAGCCCAAACCCCACCACCGCGCCCACUAUGAGACGGAGGGCAGCCGGGGAGCGGUCAAGUCCCCCAGCGGGGGCCAUCCGGUGGUCCAGCUGCAUGGGUACCAGGGCAAAGAGACUCUGGGCCUGCAGAUCUUCAUCGGCACGGCCGACGAGAGGAUCCUCAAGCCCCACGCCUUCUACCAGGUCCACCGAAUCACCGGCAAGACCGUCACCACCACCAGCUACGAGAAGAUAGUCCACAGUACCAAGAUCUUGGAGCUCCCUCUGGAGCCGAAGAACAAUAUGAGGGCAGUAAUUGACUGUGCGGGGAUUCUGAAACUGAGGAACGCGGACAUCGAGCUGAGGAAAGGGGAGACAGACAUCGGGCGAAAGAACACGCGGGUUCGUCUGGUGUUCCGGGUGCACAUACCCCAGCCUGGGGGCCAGUACCUGUCUCUCCAAGUGGCUUCCCAUCCCAUCGAGUGCUCUCAGAGAUCGGCCCAUGAGCUCCCCAUGGUGGAGAAGCAGGACAUGGACCGCUGCUCAGUUCUGGGGGGACAGCAGAUGAUCCUGACUGGGCAGAACUUCACUUCCGAGUCCAAGGUGGUCUUCAGCGAGAAAACGCACGACGGACAGCAGAUCUGGGAUGUGGAGGCCUCUGUGGACAAAGACAAGAGCCAGGCUAACAUGCUGUUCGUGGAGGUCCCGCGGUACCGAGACCCGUCCAUUUGCCGACCCGCCAAGGUGAACUUCUACGUGAUCAACGGGAAGAGGAAACGCAGCCAGCCCCAGCAUUUCACCUACACUCCACUGCCAGUGACGUCCAUUAAAACAGAGCGAGUUGAUGACUACCAGUCCAGCCAGAUGGGCUAUGCAGUGUCUCAGGUCCUGGGGGCAUCUCCCCAGUCUUAUUACCACAAUCUCCAUGGCCUGGUCAACCAGAACAGCGGCCUGCUGGGCAGCAUGGGGCCUGCCUGUGAGCUCUCCGGCCCGGACUCCCGCUACCAGCCGCAGAACCCUGCCAUCAUCUACCCCUGGGGGGCCAAGGCCCUGGGGGGCAGCCCCCUGCUGUUCCAGCAGCUCGGGGGCGGGACUCCUGAAGGGCACCAGGCGGCGCUGGUCCACCCCGCCUCCCAGGCUGAGCCACGCCUCGCGGGCACCACGCAGCUUUCCGUGUCUCCCCGCCAGCACUCCUCCUCCUCCUCCACCGCCCUACACGUCUCUCCCACCAAUCACCUGCUCCGAGGAGCUGCGUCGUUGCCCGGGCAACAGCCUCUCCCGUACUGCGACGACGCCUUCCCCAGCGCCCGCUCUGCGGCCCACCCUCCGGCAGCCUACCAUGGAGUCAUCCACCCUCAGCCCCACCCCGUGCCCAAGGUGCCCAGGCCCCCGCCAGGGCAGGCAGACCCCCAGCGGGGCCCCUCAGCCAGGGUCACCAUUAAGCAAGAGAACCUGGACCAGGUCUACCUGGAUGAUGUUAACGAGAUCAUAAGGAACGACCUGACUGUCCACGGCAGGGGUCAGACGUAGACGCCUCCCGGCGCUCCUCCGAGACAUCGCCCUGGAAUCCCACCGGCCCUGCGUCCUCCCCCCUCCGCCCCUCUCCAAUUGCCGCUGCCCUCCGAUUCGUCCGAUUUAUACAGCUCACCUGCCGAAUGUCCAGCCUACUCACGCCCGUUUUCACUGAGCAAACCCGGCGCUACGUCUCACAGACACUUGAGUAAACAAGAAUGUGCCUUACUUUGGCUGCUGAGAAAGCCACAUUGGUCACAGAUAGGAAAAGCUAAAUGACAUCUUCUUACAGCUAUUUCACAGUAUCUGUAAAUAUGCUCGCUUAUUACUAAAGAUGGGUAAGGUUUCAUGAUGGCUUCAUGACUGUUUAACAAAUUGCAGUCAGGAACCUUUUGCCAGAGAAUAGCUAACUGUACAAUGCCUUCUUCAACUAACAUUGAAAAAAAUAGUGGGUGAAAGAAUUCUUUACCCACCUCUGUGUAAAAAAAUGUUGUUGCACCUGUUAGAAACCUGUUAGAUUCAUGUUAAAUGAAGGAAUCUAUUUUUUAUUUUUUCUUAUCUGUCAUUUUAGUUCCUUGAUAUUUUGAAGCAUUUUACCAAAGAAACAAUAUAUCUUUGAAGAAGCAUAUUUUUUCUUGUCCAGUCCAGGUCUUUGAAAAUAAGCAUUGAGUAGUGUUUGUUUUAGUGUGUAGUCUUAAUUUGUUUCUUGCUUUUUUUUUAAGUAUAUGUCCGUGUUUAUAUGAGCGCUUGACAAUAACGUAGAAGCUCUUGCUGCACGUGAGCAUUUUAAAAAUAAUCAUUGAUAACUUGACACUGAAGGAGUAUCACACAGCACAAAGUUUGCAGCAUAUCUGAAAUGCCAAAGAUAAGUUCUGUAGAAAGCCAUUUACACUGUAUUUGCACAGCAGUUUCUUGUUUUGUGAUUGCUUUGCAGUUAUUUUGAUACAUUUAUUUUUGCAAAUACUUGACAAAGAAUAAUCUCCAGUGCACCUAGACAGCAGGAAUCGGGGCCCCUGCAAACCAGCCGGAAUCAGGUUUCACUCCACUGUUCUGCUAAUAGCCAUGUUGUAAUAUCCUUCAUUUAUUUGGAAAACUUUAAAGCAGUGUUACGUCUGCCUCGGGCAAGGAGACAUCGCAGGCUCCUUUCAAUUCACAGCCUGAAAACGUAGCAGCAUAACACCUUAAUUUUGGAUUUUGUUUUUUAACGAGCCUCAGGUCCGUGCGAAAGCAACACAUUUCGAGACACGGAAGUAACAGGGUAACACCAGAUUCCCUUGCACAUCAUUACUCCGGGAUUCUGGCAUGGCCUUGGGGGCUACCUUAUUACCUUCCACUGCGGAUUGAGUAUAAAUAUUUGUUUUUAUGUGUGUGCCCUGCGAGGAUUAAAGUGCCUUACAUUUAACCAAACUGUUAAAGUAAAUUUUGCAUGAUGAUGACCCCAUAAUUCCUGAAGUAUUUAUUCCUAAAUAGUGGUGCAUAUGGAAUUUGUGCAUAAGUUGUCCUAUACGUAUUUGUUUUGGAUUCUAAUACUUUUCUGUGCUCUAUUGAUCUUGCCUGGUAGAAUUGAGCCUGCCAAUAUUACCAGAAGGCGGGGUUUGCAUUUAGAGAGUAUUUCAUUGGUUCCAAUACACCAGACAAGAUCAGUAAAGCGUAAUAAAGUAUUUGAAUCCAAAACAAAUACAUAUUUGACCCAGGUCUGGCAUGGGGCCUUUCAACAGAUUCAUCACAACCAAAGCAUCGGUUACAUGUCCUGAUUAUUUUCCACAGCUGUCUGCUACAAGGACCGACUUUGCACCGUGUGAAUGCUCUCCUGACUCGUACUUUAGGAAACCGGCUUUUCCAUACGUAUGUAAAUGUUUGACUUUGCGGGUUUUCCGGCUAUUGUAAUGAAAAGGCGCAGUGCAGAAACACCGGCAAACUGUGUGUGUCAUGCUUUCCAUUCGCUUCGAAACGAUUACAAUUAGCAGAAGUCAAGGGGUAGAGAUCAUGCAGUGGACAGGCCUGGACCUCUGUAAAAACAUAAAAAUGGAAACAUGAUGGUGAUAAUACUAAUAAAUAGAAUGACUGUGGAGUAGCACAUUUAAAAAGAAUUAUUGGACUAUAUUUUUAAAAACUGGUUACAUUUUAUAUCUGUAAAAUGUAAUGUUAUUCAGCAAUACCUAAAAGACAUCUCUACUGUAGUGUGACUGAUGUUAAUAAUUGGUAUGUGUAAUACAAUGAUUCGAUUUUCAGAGGCGUAUUUGAAUUGUUUGUGGAAGUUAUGCUGAAUUCCUUUGGUUAACCUUAUAUAGUCUCAUUUGUGUAGAAUGUGAUUUAUUAACACAUUUAAAAUUAUAUUUAGAUUUUUUAAAAUCGGCUUAGAGAGGACUUCAGUACUUUGGUUUAAAUAUAUUUUGGGAGACUGUCACAUUGAUGUAAAUAAUUUGGAAACAGUUAUUUUAUUUGGAAUUAUGUACUUUGAUAGAUUUUAUAUGUUUUUAUUGUUUUGCAUGGAGUGUAGAAACUGCAAACUCUGUUUCCCCUUUGUUUUAAAUUCCCACGUUUUACUCCUGCCUUAAUCAUCAGCAAAGUCUUAUUUUUGUAUUGAGUUCCAUGUGUGUUGCAGUACAAUGUACAGUAUGUCACUGUUAGAAGGCAUUGUCUGUCAUUUUGCCUUGAAGGCUUAUUGCAUAUGCAGUUCAAAAGUAAUUAUGUAUGUUUUGCUGUGUAGUCAUCUCAGUUACCCUUGUGUACAAACUAUGCUUUAACUUUGGAAUUUAUACCCUGAAUGUACUCUUUAGCCAAAUAUACUGUUCUUACGUACUGUAAAUAGACAACGGCUGAACUUUGUAUAAAAAAAAUACAUUUUUGGAAGGGUGUAGGUAGAAGUAAAAAAAUUUUAGUCAUAAACUGAAUCAGUUGGAUACCCUUCUUUGGAUGCCUUAUUAAUAUAUUAAAUGCGGAUCUACAUAGCUAAUUAAAUAUUGAAAUAUAGUAAUGCAUCACUUAUAAUGCAUUAGACUGGUCAUGUUUUUGUUCCGGUUCAUUAUUGUUUACUUCCAUUUUUGCUAUGCAAUCUUGCUAUCUUGUUGCAAUUUUACUUAUUAGAGCAUUUUACCUACAAUUCAACAAUAAAUUUGAAACAUUCUUGUCA